UGUCCCUUUUGGUGGUCCCUGAAUUUCGGAGACAUUUGUAUUUCUCGGCAUGGAACUAGUCAGCGAUCAGCGCAAAUGAACACGACACACAGCCUCUUCAAUGCUUACACGCAUAAAUUGUUUUAUUAGAAUGGUGGGAGUGCUGUCCCCGUGAAAUGUUUGUGUCUGCCCCCUUGAUUCAGCCAACCACAGGACAGUUGACAGAAAGUUUGGAUUAACGCGCAGCCUCCUAUUUUUAGGCAUUCAUUUUUUGCUCAUAUUUUUAGUUGCCUUUACGCGGGCCUUUCGCCCGUACAGGGCUGGCGUGGAUUUGGGAAAGCAGCCUUUUGGCGUGUGAACAGUAAAUGUCAAUGACAAGCCUGAGCAGUGACUGUAGUUUGCUUUACGCUGGUCAUUGUGUAGUCACAAAGAACAAUGACAGGGGGAUGUGACACUCAGCAGGCCUGUGGUUAUUGCCGUAGGUGACGGUGUGUGUCGGUUUGCCGUGCACUUAUUCAAAGGAAGCUAAGAGACUUUGUCCUCAGGCGGCGCUCUCAUCUCAGCCAGCACACAGAGAAGACCCUCCCAUCUGGACAGAUGCCUCAUGACACCCGCCUGUAAAACUGCGUGUGUGAGAACUGAUGUGUGUGUGUGUGUGCCGUAAUUGCACAAGUGUGUGUGUGCGCGUGUGUGUGCCUUCAGUGAAGGAUUAAGGAUUAAUUGCCUUCAAAGAUAGACUUAACUGCUUGUUACACAGACUUUGUAAAGUCCUCACUUGGCCCCAGAGAGGAAAACAACAGUGAGGAGCAAAGGGAAGGUCUCGCUUGUUUUCCGUUCUUCAGAAGUGUGUGUUGCUUGUUUUUGUCUGGAGGGUGUGUGCUGAGGGUGAGUUGAAACAGCUGGCAGCUGAAGGAGGACACCUGAAAAUGACAGAGACCAACCCCCCCAAGUCAGCCAAGAAGCUCCGCUGGAGCUCCCUGGAGGUCGGCCUCAUUACCAUUGUCUCCUUGCUCUUCAUCGUCAUCGUCGCCCUCAUCAUCCUCUUUGCCACACAGAAGAGUGGUGAAAUCUGCACGUCAGCUGACUGCACGCAGUCUGCCUCUCGCCUCAUUGCGAACAUGGAUGCCAGCGUGGAGCCGUGUGACAACUUCUACCAGUACGCCUGUGGGGGCUGGAUGAAAAAGAACAUCAUCCCUGAGACCAGCUCCAGAUACAGCACCUUUGACAUCCUAAGAGACGAGCUGGAGGUCAUUCUCAAAGGUGUCCUUGAAAAAACAGUGGACGGUGAAGGCGCUGCUCUCACCAAAGCCAAGACCCUUUAUAAGUCCUGCACCAAUGAGAGUUUAAUCGAGCUCAGAGGAGGGGCUCCUUUGCUCAAUAUGCUGUCUUCUGUGUUUGAGUGGCCCAUUGCUGUUGACAACUGGGAGACAGACUAUGGCUCAACAUGGACGUUGGAAGACGUCUUGGCCAAGCUCAAUGAGAAAUACGGAACUCAACUCUUGGUUAACUUUUUUAUCAGCACCGAUGACAGGAACUCCAAUUCAUACAUCAUUCAUUUUGACCAGCAGACGAACCUUGGCCUCUUGUCCAGAGACUUCUACUCUUGCACCGGACCUUAUGCAGAGGCAUGUCGGGCAUAUGAGCAGUUCAUGAUUGACCUGGCAAAGCUGAUCCGCUCGGACCGGGGAUUGGCCAUCAACGAAACGCGUAUCAAAGAUGAAGUGAGACGAGUAAUGGACCUGGAGACGGACAUCGCCAAUGCGACUGAUACUCCAGAGGACCGCAACAACCCGGUGUUGCUUUACAACAAGAUGGAGCUGGGUGAUCUGAACGCCAACUUCACCCUUGAGGUUGACUCCAAGGUAUUUAAUUGGAGUUACUUUACAGCUAAGAUAAUGGAUACAGUCAACAUCAGCGUCCCGGACACGGAGAAGGUCAUAAACUACUCCCCCAAUUAUUACAGACGACUCAACCUCAUCAUUGGCAAAUACACCAAGAGGGAUUUGCAGAACUACCUAGUGUGGCGUUUUGCUAUGAACAUGGUGAUCGGCCUGAGUAGAAGUUACAGAGACACCAGGAAAGCCUUCCGCAAGGCUUUGUCCGGUACGACGUCAGAGGCGGCGGUGUGGCGACAGUGCGCAAUUUACGUCAACAACAACAUGGAGAAUGCUGUGGGACGACUGUAUGUGAAGGAGGCUUUCUCUGAAAAGAGCAAGGAACUGAUGGAUGAGAUGAUCAAAGAUAUUCGGGAAGUGUUCAUUAGUAACCUUGAUGACCUGAGCUGGAUGGAUGCAAAGACCAAGAGAGCGGCUGAGGAGAAGGCUCGAGCUAUUCGGGAGCGUAUUGGCUAUUCUGACAACAUCACCGACGAUGAAUAUCUUAACAAAGAGUACAAAGAUCUGGACUACAGUGCGGAGGAGUACUUUGAAAACAUCCUAAAGAACCUGGAGUAUGUGCAGAAAAAACGCCUGCGGAACCUCAGAGUCAAAGUCAACAAGGAGGAGUGGGUAACUGGAGCUGCUGUUGUCAACGCCUUCUACUCAUCCAGCAAAAACCAAAUAGUUUUCCCAGCAGGUAUCCUCCAGCCGCCUUUUUUCAGCAAAGGCCAGGCUAAAUCUCUCAACUAUGGGGGCAUCGGCAUGGUGAUUGGUCACGAGAUUACACACGGCUUUGAUGACAAUGGUCGUAACUAUGAUAAGGACGGUGACCUGAAGGACUGGUGGACACCAGAAUCCACUAACAGGUUCCUGGACCUGUCAAAGUGCAUUGUCAAUCAGUAUGGAAACUUCUCCUGGGACCUGGCCAAUGGACUACAUUUAAAUGGUAACAACACCCUCGGGGAAAACAUUGCGGACAAUGGAGGGAUACGGCAGGCAUAUCAGGCCUAUAGGAACUAUGUGAAGGUGCACGGAGAGGAGCCAUCACUGCCUGGCAUUGACCUCUCCCACAAUCAACUCUUCUUCCUAAACUUUGCUCAGGUGUGGUGUGGAACACAUCGACCAGAGCAGGCUGUAAAUUCCGCUAAAGUAGAUAUACACAGUCCAGGGAUAUUCAGAGUUCUCGGCUCCCUCCAGAAUUUCCCAGAAUUUGCCAGAGCGUUCAACUGCAACAAGAGCAGCCCCAUGGUGCCUGACAACAUUUGCCGUGUGUGGUGAUCCACAGACCUCUGAGACGGGGACAGUUCUGACAUUGUUGUUCCUGUCCCACUGUAUGCCCCCCCCCCUCCCCACACCUGACUGUUGCAGCACUCGUAGGGGCCACGGGGAAGUGCAAGCUUCCCUCAGCUCUUUACUGAUUGGAACAGGACUGGUGGACUGACACUGCAGUAUGCACUUCCUGUGAGGAAAGCAGUGGACUGUAGCCUCAUGGACGGGUUGCGAGCGCUGUCUCUCCUACUCUGAUACUGUAGUUCAUUCAAUCAGCCUGAUUCUUCUGCUACUCACUGGAUUCGUUUUUCUCUUCUCCAUUUUUGCCUUGUUUUACUCAUCGUUUGCAACUCUGCCAAUGUGAGUGUGAGUGUCUUUAAGUCAAAAUACUGUACUUGUCGAGAGAGGGGCGGACAGAAGAUGUGCUUAAAUCCACUGGCACAUGAAUACACCCCCCUGCCCAUCCACACACGUACACAUCUACCACUGUAAUGUAUGUGGGACUAAGCUGUAGGCCUCACAUGAAUCCUCAGCUGGUUUCAGCCUUCAUCUACACGCUGAUGCCCUCUGCAUUGCGUCUGUUGUGUAAUCCUUGUUAAUAAGUGUAACCAGAAUAGACCAAUUAUUAUAAUUAAUCUGAAUUUGCUGAAUAGACCAGUGAGUAUACAACCCUAAUCAUAUAUUAAACAAUACUGGACUAUAUUUAAUGAUAGUGACUUUACUGCAGCUGAAAGGCGGCUGCUGUUCAUUAACAGUAUGUCAUAUAAAACCAAAUUUGAUAUUUUUACCUUUAAGAUAAUAGGUGGUCAUGAAUCAUUGAGCUGACAAUCGACACCGGACCCUUUUUCCUGUCUUAAUGUACUUUCCAGUAUUUCUAAGUCACUAUGAUCACUGCCAACGUGUAUGCUCUACAUGCCACAGUCUGCAGAUGGUCAGCCACUGUCCAUACUUUCUAUCAUGAUCAUAAUCACUAUAAUUGCAAUCAAACAAACCAAAAUAAUGUUAAUUGGUUAGGUUUGGAUGGAGAUAGAUUUGCUCUUACUUUUGGACGGAGACAAGCCAGUCGUGGCCCAUGUUUCCAGGCCUUAUGCUAAGCUAUCCAUCUGGUUGUAACUAUUUAUAAGAAAGAUAACUGGUAUUGAUAUUCUUAACUUAAACUUGGCAAAAACUAUGUUAAAAAGUGUAGCAACAUCUCAGUUUGAUUUUGAGAAUUGUGUGAUUCUUCAAGACAUUAAAGCAAAAGUCAAUUGACAGACAACUAGAUAAUGAAUGUUCCGAGGGGUUUAUCUACUUUAAACCGCGGACUGAGUCUUUCCUGGAACCUAAUGGAUUUUAAAACAUUGCAUGCAUUUUUGCCCCACGUUGAAUUAUGUUAGUGGAUCACAGUUUAGCAUUCGUGGUUUUGUGGAGCUUUAUUGUCCAAUAUUAUCUAAGCCUUUGCCUUUUCUAUUGCAACUAGUGAAUUAUGUGCCAUGAUCAUGUGGACCACUUCUUCAGACAGUAUACGAUACCCUCCAUGUUCAGCCUUGUGAUGUUUCCACGUGUUUGUUCCUCUCAUUCUAUGUGCAAGCUUACUUCUGUAGGCUUUCUGCCUCUCUCUCGCUCUGUCAGACUCCACCUGUAGAAGGACAGAUACACCUCAGUUGCCUGUAUUUAGAUACUUUAUAAUAAUGACUGAUAAUCAUCUUGAGGAACAUUUUUUUCUGUCAAAAUAAAUAUUUAAAUAACACACUGA